AUGCCCAAGAGCGAAGACUAUUCUCAUCUUUCUUUCAAGCUCACUGCUGAUGGAAUUUAUAAGCCCAAUGCGGGUUCACUUCCAAUUUCAUUAAUUGAUCUGAAUAGCUUUGUUGAGUUGGCGGAAUUUAUGUACAAUCUGAAUAUUAAGGGUGAAGAUGAUGAUGAUGAUUUCUGGUUGUUAUGCGGGUUGAAAUUAUAG